AUGAACACUAACCGCACUAACGGCUAUCACAGUAAAGUGAAUAAUGCUGAAGCAAAUAGUGCUAAAGCAAACGGUACUGAUGCUCUGUUGGAUACUUCGCCACAUGCGUCUGCAAGUUCACGCUGUCGCACGGAUAGCGACAGCUCAGACAAACUCACACGUUUCAUUCUGCCUAGCAUGAAUGGUAGCCCACCAAAGGUGUUGACUUUAAACGAACUCGCUACUGUUUUCAAAAACAUACAAAAUAUGGAGUUAGCUCACGAAAUAGCUUUGAACUUGGAAUUUAAGCUACAGCUGUACGAGCCGCCCGAAAAUAGCUUGGAAAGACGUAUAAAAGACAUUUUGCAUAAAUCAUUUUGGGAUAAUUUACGCGAAGAAUUGAAUCAAACAACUCCAUGUUAUAACCAUGCCAUACAAGUGCUCGACGAUGUUAAAAAAUGUUUUCCUCAAAUUCUCUCGCCGGCUAAUAAACGUACCUUGCAGCAUAUAAAUGAGGUGCUCGAUGAGGCCCUGAUAAGACAACAAGCCGAGAAAGGUGUCUUAGAUUUUAGAUCAUAUGCCGAUUUUGUUAUACAGAUUAUGGGAAAAUCUUGUGCCCCGGCUCGUGAUGAACUCAUACAGAAUUUGACUAAAAUCGAAGAUGUUGUGAGUACAUUUAAGGCCAUCUUAGAAACGAUGACCCUUAUGAAACUCGAUAUGGCCAAUUUUCUGUUGGAUUUUUUUCGUAAUGACAUUAUGGCUAAUUCGGCCGAGUAUGAGAAACAAAAAUUCAAUAAAUAUUUAGAAUAUUAUAAAUUUGGCUUUCCCGCCACCCAAAGUUGGCUUAAUCGCCAUCGUACUCGCGAUCCGAAUAAUGCAGCCAGUUCCGUCUAUCAAAUCAUUACCAGUGCGUAUAUGGAAUUUAUGGACUGGCCGGAUGAUGUAGAAUUUCCUGAAGUUUUAUCCAUCGAUAAAGAACGUACCUUAAAACUCGGUUUACGCGCUAAGCGAUUAUGCAUUUGUGCUUCUUUAGCUUCGAUUUGUUUAGCGGUACCUAUAAUAUCGCAACGCCCCUAUAAUCGCAUCGAAUUGGGUAAGCAAUUUGAAAUUUUAAUACAGAAUAUGUAUGAUGAUAACAACGCUGCGGAUGCCGUAAUGGAGAAUGUAUGGGAACAAGUCAAAAUUAAAAUUAAUCAGUAUUUGCAAAAAGAACAAAAAUCCGUCAUGGAUAAGGCAUCCGAGAGUAUGCUUAAGACUCAAGUCUUGCAAAUCGCUAAUAAAGAUGCGCCGGUACGACAAUUAAUGUGGAGACGCUUGCAAACUUAUUUUCGCUUAAUGUUGGACCUUAAGAUGGGAUCGGCUCCGGCCCCACCGCCUGGUUUUAUCGAUUUUAAAGGUGAACUCGAAUCGUACGCACUAGCUUUGAGGCGUAUUAUCGCUUACAAUCAUUCAGUAUUCGGUGAUUAUUUCUCACAAAUACUGAAUAGAGAUCAUGCUGAAAACUCUGAAGCAAAUGACAAAAAUCAAACUAAAAUUUUUAUGAAUGAAGAUAAAAAGCAUAAUUUAAUAGCUAGCGACGUUGCUCAACCUCAUCAAUAA